AUUGAAGUACCAAAAGACACGAAUUUUUCUCAGCUUUCCCAAGAAACAAGAGUAUUGCAUGAACUAGAUGGCCUUGCUUGUGUCCCAAAGAUUCUGUUUGAAGAUCUCUUAUCAUGUUUGAAGGAAAUUCAUGCCCAAGGUUAUGUGCAUGGUGAUGUGGCUGGUUAUCACAGAUUUGUGCUUGACCCUUAUGAAGCAGUCAUUCAAGAUUACAUAGGAUUGUGUGAAACCAUUGGUGUUAUAAAGUUUGGAAGAAAAAUGUCAUUGCCAAUGUUAGCAGAUAAGUUGGAUGGAGAGAUGAAACAAUUUGUUACAUUUGUUAAGGAUGCACACAGUAACAGAUGGGAAAUAGUUGAAGAAGAAAAAUG